AUGACGAUUAAGCUGGUCGUUGGAGGGUUUAUUUUGCACAUUAUUAGUGUUCACGCGCAGCAAGCAGGCUUGGGCGAAGAGGAGAAAAGUCGUUUUGGGGAGGAUUUGGACGAGAUGAUGGGAGGUAUACCGCCCACUGAGAAGAUAUUCAUCAAAGGAGAUUUCAAUAGGCACAUUGGGUUAAUUUCGGGGGGAUAUGACUUGUGGUUUCGGGGACAGGAAUGGAGGAGGAGUUGCACUGUUGAUUUAGCACAAGCAUUUAGACUGGUGAUAGUGAAUUCGAGUUUUCCAAAAAAGGAGGAGCACUUGGUAACCUUUCAUAAUUCGGUGGCUAAGAUGCAAAUAGAAUUUUUACUCCUUAGGAAAGAUGAUAAAGGUCUUUGUAAAGACUGA